ACCAUUCGAGCACGUUCAUGCUAGGCCUGUUUGUAAAUGUUUCAGUGUUGGUAUUUAGAUAGGUGUAUUGGGCCGUAGUGCCCAACUGAACGUAGUGAUCAGUUAAUGAAAAUUAACUGAUGCGUGGAUAAACGCGAGGAUGGAGAUCGAACGUUUAUCCGCUCGACAGAACAUGUGCUAACGGGAACGUUACAGUGUGUGAAGUUCUGAAGAAAAGAAGAUCACGUAUAAAAGAGUGGCAGAAAGAACGAUCGUGGGAUUCUAUAACUGACGUUAUUUACACGUCAGAAAUAAAGAUGAUGGGCUCACAUCAACAACACCCUGGCUAUGGAUUUCUCUCCGGUAUGGACUUGCACUCGGUGCACCACGUGACUCAAGAUAUGAACAUAAACCAGCAACAGCAAUUGUCGCCAGAGCAACACAUCAAGAGACCUAUGAAUGCGUUCAUGGUUUGGUCUAGAAUACAGAGAAAGAAGAUCGCAUUGGAUAAUCCGAAGAUGCACAAUUCAGAGAUAUCAAAAAGACUGGGGGCUGAGUGGAAACUGUUGUCGGACUCUGAAAAACGGCCGUUCAUCGACGAGGCGAAACGUCUUCGCGCGAUGCACAUGAAGGAACACCCGGAUUAUAAGUACCGCCCGCGAAGAAAGCCAAAGCUUCCAGUAUCUGUAGUGACUAGCAAGGCCGGUCCGAUGAGUCCAGGUGGUUUCGCGAGUUUUUCCUUACCGCCUUAUUUCGCUGCACCUGCCGGGCCACCUCACCACCAUCAUCACCAUCUUGAUUACCCACCUCUGGCCCCUUACUUCGCACCUACUUUCGACACCGUCCAUCUGGGUAAACUCGUCUCUGGCAACGGUACCACGCCAAGUACGUCGGUCGCGACAGCCGAUGCAAUGAAUAACAACGCAGCAUCCGCUGCUGCAGUGGUCAGUAGCUUCUACUCCGGGUUAUACACGACGGCAGGCAAACCAUACCCAUCCACCGCGUCGCAAUUGUGCCCACUGUUUGCCAACGGACAUCCCGUAACCCCGACAGCACAUCAUCAUCCUCUAAUGUUCCCAACGUCGUCAACGUCCACCGGACCCAUUGCGAUGACCACGAGCAGCCCUGGAAGCAGCCCAGGAUCCACGUCGAUCUCAUCGUCACACCAACAAAUGCCUGCACCGAACCCGAACGCCACGCUCGACAUGGAGCAACUGCGACGUCCAGUCUCCGUAAUAUUCUAGAUGUCCAUCUAGCCGUCUUGAGGGCAGAAGAAAUGAGUGACACACAGUCGUCCAGCGCAUACUUAGGACGGCCACUUGCGCAAAAGAUGCGCUGCCCAUUUAUCAAUCGGAUCCAAGGAGAGCCAUGUAUGCCAUGGAACCGCGGUGUAGUCGAGAUACGUUAGGAAAUUUGAACGAUUAUUGUCCUCGCGUAUGAUCUCUAAAGUUAUGUAUGAUGAUUCCGAAACCAUUCCGCUCGCACAAAUACAAAAUACGUUGCUCCAACCAACAGCGACAAAUGGAAAGAUAGAACGUGUUGUAUUUUCCAUGUAUAUGCGCGAAGCAAGUCCGGAAUCCGAUGAGUUAUUGGUAUUUAAAGUUUUGAAACGGAGAUAGUCUAAAUAAUUUGUCUACAUUAGAAUAAGAAAAACUUUGUCUUAUGUCACUACUAGUAAACUAAAUUCACCUUUAUUUGUCGCGUUAGUACACUUAUAGACAGGAUAAGGAGUGAUUUGAUUAAAAAAGAUAAGGAAUAAUUAGAUUGUUAUUUCGUUGAGUAAAUUCUUCACGAAUGCAUUAUUCGUCGCUGUUGGUCCAAGGUAUAUAAAUGGGCCAGUCGUUAACUGUGAUUUCGUUAUGUUAUAAGAAAUGAUCUUCCAACAGUAUUCGCGCUAGUGAAGCGAGUACACGCGCCAGAACGCGACCGAUCCACGUGUGCAGUAUAUGUGUUGUAUUGUCUGUAAGUAGAAUCAAUAACAAUUGCCUCAUGUACCUCUUAUUGUAACUAAUUGACAUCUAAAGCACAGAAAAUUAUUGCACAAUCAAUAGGAAUUGUUUCGGGGACGAUCGUGCCCGAUCAAUGAAUUUCUUCGUUAUAUGUACUUUAUCGUUUGAUUUUACUUUCCGAUUGAUAUAUUCUUCAUUUUACUUUUCAAUCUUCUAUAAUAGCUAUGUAUGAUAGUAUAUACUGUAUUCAAAGAACUCUAGUCCGCAAAAGUAUGCAAAAGAAAUAUAGAACAGUGUAUACGUUUUUUCGGUAUGUGUGCGAUGUUCGCGUUUGGUAUAAAUUGUUUCGGCCUGGUGAGAGCUUAUAAAAAAAUAUUUUUGUUGACGAAUCACACGAGCGACUUUUGUUCCAAAUGAACAAACAGCAUAAGAAUAUUCUCAUAUCAUCAUAAGAAUAAUCUUAUAGCGAUUAAGCUGCAACAGUUCUAUGCUCCGGCAGCGAUUAAUGAUUAAAAAACUAGCAUAUUAAGAGAAAAAAUAAAAGCCAUAAAUGAUUAAAAAAAAAUAACAUACCAAGGAAAAACAACAAAAGAGAUAAACUGAAACAAUGAUUUUGAACACAUUUAUGUAUAUAUAUUUAUUAUUACCAAUGACUUAUCAAAUAAUAAAUAACA